AAUCCAGUCAUGCUUCCAGGUGCUCCCUUUCAAAGGUCUCAGCAUCCUCAUGCUACCUCCUGCCGGCACUUCCAUCUGGGCCCCCAACCUCAGAUCUCAGCUGACUUCCCUCUCCCUCACCCUGUCCAGCCACAGCCAGGGCUGAACCCUCACAUGGCGACAGCUCACCAGCAUAAUGGCUCGCUGCACCAGCCCCUGCCACCUAUGCCAGCCCUGCCGUUUCAGGAUGUGACAGGACCCUCCUUCCUACCUCAGGCGCUACACCAGCAAUACCUCCUCCAGCAGCAGCUCCUCGAGGCCCAGCACCGUAGGCUUAUGCCUCAUCCCAGGCGGACUCAGGAGCGCAUGUCUGUUCAACCUCAUCGGUUACACCCAGGCUUUGACUUUGGCCACCAACUGCAAACUCCUCAACCCAUGGGGCCGCAGCCCAGGUACUUAGCUGAAGGCACAGACUGGGAUCUCAGUGUUGAUGCUGGCCUGACUCAUGCCCAGUUCCAGGUUAGGACAGUUCCUCAGCCCUAUCAGCAUUACUUAGCUACACCUAGAAUGCACCAUUUCCCUAGGAACACAUCCUCAACGCAGAUGGUUGUCCAUGAAAUCAGAAACUACCCUUAUCCUCAGCUUCAGCUACUUGCUCUUCAGGGACUAAAUCCGAACAGGCACACAUCUGCCGUGAGGGAGAGCUAUGAAGAGCUGCUGCAGCUGGAGGACAGACUGGGCAGCGUGAGCCGGGGAGCUGUGCAGAACACCAUCGAGAGGUUCACGUUCCCACACAAGUACAAAAAGAGAAGACCGCAGGAAGGCAAAGCUGAGAAGGAGGACGGGGAGGAGUCGGACACCGAUGAAAAAUGCACAAUCUGUCUGUCUAUGCUUGAAGAUGGAGAAGAUGUGAGGCGUUUACCCUGUAUGCAUCUAUUUCACCAAGUGUGUGUGGAUCAGUGGCUAGCCACCAGCAAGAAGUGCCCAAUCUGCAGAGUGGACAUUGAAACACAACUUGGCUCCGACAGCUGAAAGAACCAGCUGGAUGCACCAUUUUCCUUACCAGGUCGUAUGGCCAUAAACCCUUGCAGCAAAAUUUUGCCUUCUGAGCCAUUUGAUUUAGAGGAGAAGUCUGCAAGCACAUUA